AUGGAGUCGGCGCAGUGGCUCGACAAGCUCUUCUCACGAUACGUCUCGUCUGGCAUGUUUGACCACGUCACACUCCCGCCCGGCUACCCGACCAACAGGUACUUCUACCAGGAGGCGGUCAAGGGCAUGACGGCCAUCGUGCACUCGACCCACCUCCCCCGCAUCAACAACACGGCGCCCGCCAGCCUCCGGGCGCCCGCCACGCUCUGGAGCCUGGCAAUCGACAGCGUGCGCUGCAUGUUGGAUGCGGCCGAGCACGAGCCGUCGGUGCACUCCUUCGUCUACACCAGCUCCAUCCGGGCCGCGGCGCAGCUCGUCCCGGAGACCGACACGCGCGUCAAGGAGGAUUCGUGGAACGCAAGGGACACAAUCCUGGCGCUGACUUCGCGCGGCCAGUGCAGCGACGAGGUUCUGCACAACUCGAGCCUUGUGCGGGCCGAGCAGGCCGUGUGGCAGUGGAAGGCCCAGGCUGAGGAGGAGGGUCUCGUCGGCCUGCCAUUCAAGAUCAACAUCGUCAGCCCGGCAAACAUCAUCGGACAGAACUUCGGCGCGCCGUACACGGACAACUGGCGCAACUGGAUUUGGCAGCUGUACCAGUUCGGCCAUGCCACCGAGGAGAUUCCCGGCGCCGGUCCCACGCAAUCUCACUGGUACGUUGACGUCGAGGACGUGGCGCUGCUGCACAUCGCGGCCCUCUUCGACCCCGACAUUGUCGGCCAGCGUCUCCACGCUUGGGGAUCCUACCGCAACUGGAACGACGCGAUCGAAAUCUUGGACGAGUACGACCCCGAGUCGCAGCCUAAGCGCUCCUUCAUCGGCCACGAUGGCGUGGCGCGCGGACAACUCUACACCAGGGCGCCUGAGGUGCGUCAGGUGCUGCAUCGGUGGAAGGGGAACGACUCGUCGCAGCCGUGUUGGAAGCCGUUCGAGAAGACCAUCUGCGAAAGCGUCGAUGUGUUCCGCAAGAUGAGCCGGGGCCGCAGCCGGGCUCCUUCCGAGGUCGCGCUCGCCUCUCGAGAUGAGGCUGCUGCUGAGGACGCCGGCGACAAGGAUAUUAUCUGGGAUGUUGGGCUUGUCCCGCUCAUCUCGGAAAGCUAUUUCGCUUCGGGGAACGGUCGCUUUGCGUCGAAUGGGGCGGAUUCAUCGGGGGGACACUUGUGAAGGGCGUGGAGGUUUGAGGCUUUGAGAUUGGACCUGGUUCUCGCCGUCAUUUUCAUCAGCGGAUAACAAGCGGUUUGGACUGCACAGUAUUAGUAGUGCAGGUAUGAGGUAGAGCGUGUGGAGUUGUUGAAGGCCGAUCAGCUGAACAAACAGGAAUAGAAAAUAGCCACACAAAAUCUGUUUGUUUCAGGUGCAAUGCUGGCAUGUGCUGGUACCACAUCUAUGUGCAUGGGAAGAAGGAGCGUGGGAGCCUAAGGUACGCAGCUCUCUGUGUGCUCGUCACUCUAAGAAACCACCGGGGGGGACGACAGGAAGAUGAGUUGUCAAACACGGCCCCUG